AUGCUCUUUCUCUUUCUGUUAUUCAUCACAGUUGAUGGGUCGUGGCUUCAUUUCACUUCACAACAAUCGGUGAGAGCCGUGGGACGGUUGCUCUGCUCAGGCAAACCCGCCGUCAACGUCUCAAUUCGGCUCUACGAUGAUGAUAUUUUUACUAAAGACACAAUGCAGAUGGCUAGAUCGAAUCAUUUGGGGCACUUUGAAGUUGAGGGAGUUGAUGAGGAAAUAACAUGGAUCGAUCCUUAUAUCGAUUUCUAUCAUCAAUGUGAGAUUGACAAUGUUAUAGAGAGACAGCAAUGCAUGCGAACGGCCACUGUUGGCAUCCCACAAGACUACAUCUCCUCUUCAGCGAUCAUCGAGAAAACUUUCGAAUUAGGAGAUUUUGAGCUAAGAAAUUUGUAUGCAAGCGGCAACAAUCAAAAGCGAUGCGUAAACUAU